GCCGGAGUUGGUGUCUUAUGGAGCUGCAGUAGCCGGAGCCGGACACAACACCAACAGUACCCCAACAGCUUUAUUUGCGGGGCUCGGAACUGCAGGUUCGGGACUGCCGAUGAAUUUGCAGCCGAUUCUUGUCCAACAUUCGAACCGGCGGCCUUCGCUGCUCCGCAACACUUCGGCCGGCGGAACCUCCUCGCACGCCACGCCAACCACUACGCCUACCACGAUGGAAGACGUCAAGCACACGCUGGCCGCUGUGGUGCCCGAGCUGAAGGCGGAGCAAGACUUGAAUGUGGCGCUGUGCGUCAACGACAAAAUUGUGUACCACCGCAACACCGCAGAGGAUCUGCUGCAGCGCUUUGACGAGGCGAGCUCCGGUGACGAACUGGGCCACGAACAGAAAAAGAUGCGAGACCUUCGGUUGGCAGCGGGAUUCUUGAGCACUGGAAGCAACAGGAGUGCAUCAAGUAGGG